AUGGAAACGCUCGCGCACGGCAUCGCAGGCAGCGCGGGUGGCAUGCUGGCCAUGGCGCUGCUGUACCCGCUGGACCAGAUCAAGACCAUCAUGCAAGUGAAUACUAGCGAGACGGAAGAAGAUGCAGAGCAGCAGAUUGGAAAAGCGGACUCAACCAAACUCAGAGCUCCAACGAGGCACUUCUGGGCCCAAGUGGCGGAGAUCCUCAAGACGAAAAAGUGGCAAGUUUAUCAGGGUCACGUGUCCACACAGAUCGCGCUCGGAGGGUCGAACUUCGUCUACUUUUUCUGCUACAAUGGCUUAAAGACGCACCUUCUGAAGCGACAGAACCGACAAAUAAGCGGCAACAUCACCCCUGUGCAGAAUCUUUUGCUGUCGUGUCUUGCUGGUGUUAUCAACGUGUACAUUUGUGCACCGUUAUGGGUUGCCAACAUGCGUCUUAAGUCGAAAGAUGCUGCAGAGUACUCAGGCGUGCUUGAUUGUCUGCGCAAGGUCACCGCUAACGAAGGCUUCCUCUCGCUUUGGAACGGCACGCUGGCAUCGCUGGUGUUGGUGUCGAACCCGGUGAUUCACUACGUCAGCUACGAGCGCAUGAAGAUCGCGCUUCAAAAGAAACGCCAUGACACAGGCCUCGCUGAAGCCGCGCUCUCCGCACUUGAUAUUUUCCUGCUCGGUGCGCUGGCCAAGUCGUUCACGACGGUUGUCACGUAUCCGCUACAAGUUGCGCAGUCGCUGAUGCGCACCCAGCAGAAGACAGGAAAGUCGUUAGAAGAGAAGCCGACUCGAGCCACAGGAUUGGCAGGCUGCCUCGCCCAGAUCUACGCCGACAGAGGCGUGGCCGGAUACUUUGCUGGCCUUCAGGCCAAGCUGCUGCAAACUGUGUUGACCGCGGCGAUCUCCCUUGUCACGUACGAGAAACUGCUGGCGCUUAUCUUGUUGAUGAUGCGACAGCAGGUGAAACCUGUCAAUGCUCAAAAGGUGGCGGCGUAA